AGAGAUUGAAAUAUAAAACAAUAAGUUUCCACACUAGGUUAGAGGUUUUCACUGUUCUUUUUUAGCUUGAGUAAUGGGAAAGUUUCUAGUUUUUUCCAUAUUGGUCCUUUGCACCAGUUCGUGGGCAGACGAUGUUUUCGAAUAUGAAGACUGUGGUGCAAGUGACAAAACCAUAUUCUUCGAAAGCCUAGAUGUAAGUCCACUUCCAGUGCCAUUCCCAGGUGUGGUGAAAACAAGUGGACGAAUUAUGGUCACUGAUACGAUUCCUGAUAAUGCUAUUGUGGACCUUAAGCUCACUCGGAUUAUUAAGUUUAUUACAGACAUCCCGAUUCCAUUGCCUUGCAUAUCUGGAUUUGGUUCAUGCAAAUACGACUUGUGCAAGUUAAUGCUGGGAAACAAGGAACGAAUUUGUGGAUAUUUCCCUGAAGGGGUUCCUUGUGAGUGUCCAAUUCUUCCCAACACGUACGAAGGUGAAGACGAGCCAAUGUCUCUCCCUGACGUGGGCUCCUUCUUGUCCAUGUUGGCAGCUGGACGGUACAAGGUUGAAGGAAGAAUUCGUGACGUAAACACUGACAAAGAACUCGGAUGUAUUAAGUUAAAAGCUACACUGACAUCAAGUGGUUUCCGCUAAGUGAACUUAAAACGACAACGAUGGAAGCAAAAAGUUUUUGUUGUUUUUUCGUUAUUUUUUAAAUUGACGAAAUGCUUUGCAAUAAAGUCAAUUUUUACGGAAAA